CUCAACUUGCCCUCACACUUCAACCACAGACAAGGUCCGAUGGUCUCUCACAGCAGCAGCAGCAGCAGCAGCAGCAGCACACACACCUGUCCCAUAGUCAGGACGGCAGUGCGACGUCCCGGGGGCGGGGCCUGCCGCAGCACACACACACCUCGCACACUCAGGAAGGCGUGACGAGAGGUGGCCCUUUACAGCACAUGAGCCUAGGCCACCACAGCCAGGAGGGUGCGUCUCCGCUGUCUGCAGCUGGUCAGGAGGAGGAGGUGGAGGAGGAGGAGGAGGAGACGGUGAUGGACUUGGGAGAACUGCAGUUGGAGCUGAAGGUGGAGCAGUUGGAAGAGGAGGAGGUGGAGGAGGUGGAGGAGGAGGUUGGACUCCACCAGGGAUGGCAUGACAAGAUGGAGCUGGGUGAGGACAGGCCACAGCAGUGGGCCAAUGAGAACGACGCGUUCCAGAUGAGUGCGCUUGACAUGGAGAACGCCAUGAGUGGGGGCAUGGCGGCAACGGACGCCAGGACACACCCCCAGGAUUCAGAGGCCUACUUUGAGUCCCACGCGGUGGAACCCUCCGGGAUCAGGAGUUCCCAGGUGGAGCUGCGGACAGGAAAGAGGGAAGACUCAAGAGACUUCUCAUCGUGGGCUCGCCAGAUGAUCUCCAUCACCCUGCAGAGGGCAGGGGGACCGGAGGGGGAGGAGGAGGAGGAGGAGGAGGGGCUAAUGUCCAACCAGCGACAGCAACAGGUCGGGGAUGCACCAUCCUCCUCGUCCUCCUCCUCACAGUCUUUCAGCCAGCCAACAUCGUGGCCGACCUCCGCCGCUCUCCCUGUCGCCGUCGGUGGCCCUCCGAGGAGGAGCGUCUCAGGACAAGGACGUGGAAGAGGAGCGGGUAAUGCAGCGGCCAUGUGGGGACAAACCGUAACCGCUACGUCCUCCGCCGCACACACGCUGCCACAGAAUGCCACCGCAGCCAUGUCACACCACCUGACCAUGCACAUGCAGCAGCCAUCCUCCUCUACAUCUCAAACCUCUCAUACGGACAAACGCCUGCAGGGCCACGACAAGGCCCUCUUCACACAAGCCCAGCUGAACCAUGUCAAUAACCACAACAACAGAAGCAACAACAACAACAACAGAGUUGUCAUCAACAGCCACAACAACCAUAGAGUCUCCACUAGCAGUGGCAGUCACAGACUAGUCGUCAACAACAGCCAUAAUCACCUCAGAGUUUCCACGGGAAGUGGCAGCAGCGGUAAUAGUGGGGUUGGCAGCAGACUAGUCGUAAACAGCCACAACCACCCUAGAGUUUCCACUGGCCCUAGCAGUAGCAAUGGCAGCAAUUUCAAUGGCAGUAGUGGUGGGAGUUCAGGUGCAGUUCCGGCGUUUGCCCAGCGGAGGGCAGCACCUGCCGUGAGGGAGAAGUGGUUCAUCUGCUCCUUCUGUGGCAAGAGCUUCGACCGCUUCAGCCACCUGCAGAUGCACCAGCGCGUGCACACGGGCGAGCGGCCGUACGGCUGCGGCGUCUGCGGACGGCGCUUCACGCAGCAGAGCAACCUGCGGACGCACCAGCGGGUCCACCGCGACCGGCCCGCACACGCGCGGCCAGACCGGUGACAUACUCACACACACACCGGUGAUAUUCUAAGACACAUGCACUAACUGGUACACCGCAACCGGCCCUCACAUGCGCGCCGGCCAGAUCGGUGAUCAGUGUUGCCAGAUUGGUCAGUUUCCCACCCAAUUGGACUGUUUAGGAUGGCCGCGUGUGUGUGAAAGAACGGCAUUGUGAAGGUUGUUCUGUGGAUUUAUGGCCAUAGAAAUCAAUAGAAUUUGGUCAGGAUUUAGUGCCUCCAGGCGUUUUUUGAGCAUUUCUAGGGCUGGAAAUCAUCGGUCACAUCUGGCAACCCUACGAGCCGCGUUGUCUGCAGGCACUGUUUGGUGUUGUAUACUCAUUUACGCAUGGACUUGUGGAAGAUGCACACCAGAGAAUGCACUGUGACCGCAUCAGAGAGACCCUUCUGGGUCCAGAAAGUAAAGACCGGUGGCAUACGCGACCACUCCAAGAAGUUGGGGUAAAGAACUCUCUUGUGUCUUAGUUGAUGCAACCUAAACUACAGUUCCAGCAUUUGCGCCCACUGUUUCACACAGUGCACACACACUUGUGCAUGGACAAGAGCGUUGCUGCGCACAGGAGAGUGUGUGCUGGUUCGGAAAGUAACGCUAGGGACAUAUAGCAGGCGAAACGAGCGAGGCCAAGAGAGAAGCGAAAUUCAAUUCAGUGUUCCAUUCUGACACUCAACCGCCAUCAGGUCGUCGUGGCCAAUUAAAUGGAAUGAAACAGUUAUGUUGUUGAUUUGAUUGGCCGCGGCAGGCGAGAUUCGCUCCUCAUUUGCACAAUAUUAAACUUGGUUUAAUAGUUUCGCUCCUGUUCGCUUGCCUUGGCCUCCCUCAUAGUAAUAAAUGGCGAAGUUCGCUUCGCUUGGCCAAAUUCAC